GCUCUGCCUUUCGGGGGAGAAAGGAAAACGAUUUGUGACCAGCCUAGGCGACAUAGGGAGACCCUGCCUCUACAAAAAGUAUAAAAUUAGCUGGGCGUCGUGGCGCGCGCCUGGGGUCCAAGCUACUCGGGAGGCUGAGGUCGGGGGAUCACCAGAGCCCUGGAGGUCGUGGCUGCCUUGAGCCGUGAACGCACCGCCGCACUCCAGCCUGGGCAUCAGAGCAAGACUUUGUCUCAAAAAAAAAAAAAAAAGAAGAAGAAGAAGAAGAAAAUUAAAGAAAAAAAAGAAAAAGAAAACGUUCCAGGCCUGUUAAAGCACUAAGAAAAGCAGAAAAAGAAAGGGGAGCCGGGGAAGGGCUGACAGGCCGUCAAAUUUAAGGGAGCACCAGAAAAACUGGCAAUCAAAUAAUAUCUUAAUGUAAUAUUUUAAAAGGUAAAAAUUAAUGCAAGAAAUCCGGGAGGAACAAAAUAAGAGUCGUGUGUAGCUUAACAACAGGGAAUGUUCUGAGGAAUGCGUCAUCAGGCGAUUUCGUUGCUGUGCGGACACCAUAGAAUGUACUUUCGCGACCUAGAUGGUAGAGCCUGCGACACACCUCAGCUGUGUGGUGUGGCCUGUUGCUUCCAGGCUGCAAACCUGACAGCAUGGGACUGUACACUGAAUACCGCAGACCACUGUAAUUCAUGGGAACAUGGUAGAAUGGUGCUUACCUCAAGAUAUUGACCUCGAAGGUGUUGAGUUCAAGUCUAUGGCCAGUGGGUCCCAUAAAAUCCAAUCUGAUUUCAUCUAUUUCCGAAAGGGGCCCUUCUUCGGCCUGGCCUGCUUUGCCAACAUGCCAGUGGAGAGCGAGCUGGAACGUGGCGCGCGGAUGAAGUCUGUGGGCAUCCUCUCUCCCUCCUACACGCUGCUUUACCGCUACAUGCACUUCUUGGAGAACCAGGUUCGGCACCAGCUGGAGAUGCCAGGACAUUACUCUCAUCUGGCCGCCUUCUAUGAGGACAAAAAGGGGGUGCUCCAUGCUGGUCCUGGCAGAGGCAGCAGCCUGCCCCCGGUCUACUGGCUGCCUUCCAUCCACCGAUACAUGUACCCUGAGAUGAAGAUCACACACCCAGCUGGCUGCAUGUCUCAGUUUAUAAAGUUCUUUGGAGAACAGAUCCUCAUCCUCUGGAAAUUUGCCUUACUUCGAAAGCGCAUUUUGAUAUUUUCUCCCCCACCUGUGGGCGUGGUGUGCUAUAGAGUGUACUGCUGCUGCUGCUUGGCCAACGUUUCACUGCCUGGCAUCGGGGGCACCAUUCCUGAGUCCAAGCCUUUCUUCUACGUGAACGUGGCCGACAUCGAGAGCCUGGAGGUAGAGGUGUCCUAUGUGGCCUGCACCACAGAGAAGAUAUUUGAGGAGAAGCGGGAGCUGUAUGACGUCUACGUGGAUAACCAGAAUGUGAAGACACACCAUGACCACCUGCAGCCGCUGCUGAAGAUCAACAGUGCUGACAGGGAGAAGUACCGCCGGCUCAAUGAGCAGAGGCAGAUGCUGUUGUACUCCCAGGAAGUAGAAGAAGACUACAACCCUUGUGAAGAGGACCUCUUCGUGCUAUUUUUCCUAGAACAAAACAACCGGAUAUUUCAGACUUUGUUGGAGGUGUCUGCCAGUCAAGACAAAACUCUGACAGCAGAGCAUGCCCGGGGCAUGGGCCUAGACCCCCAAGGAGACCGGAGCUUUCUCCUGGACCUGCUGGAGGCCUAUGGCAUUGAUGUCAUGCUAGUCAUCGACAACCCCUGUUGCCCGUAGGAGGAGCCAACAGGACUGGGAGCCGCUUCAUGUGGGAUGUCAGCAGCCUGGAGUUCACCCCAGGCCCCCAGAGGGCCUCAUUUUUUAUUAAGUUGACACGAAGGAAUAUUGUUUAUACUUUCCAACAAACAUAAUUUUUGCAGUUUCCUUUCUGCCCUUUUCCCUAGAGAUAAGGUGAGAUCACCUUGGUUUAGUGUCCUGCCAUGUUAGGAUAUUGGAAUCUGCCACUUUCUCCCAGAGCUGCUGGUCCUUUGGGCUUGGUCAUAGGAGUUGUAUCACUAGGAGUGGGCUGAGCUCUGGAAAUGUUGGGAUGGACUGUUCAGAAAGUUUGUGCGGUCUUUGUCCCUUGACGUAUUUGAGAAUAAGACAACCAUCUGUCCCCUGUGGCCUUAAGAUGUUCAUCUGCUUAAAGGCAGAAACUAGACCCGAUGAUCUUUUAAAGUUUUUAGUAGCUCUAGGAGUCUUGGGAUCAAAUCCCUUUUCUUGUUCACUGGGGCAACUUUAUGUCUUCUCUGUUUACUUGAGUAGGGACCACAAAGAAGGAAAAAAGGAUGUUUCUGACACCAAAUGUGAGCUUAUCUUAUGGUCAGAAUGACAGAGGUUGCUUAUCAGUGAGCUGAAAACUAAAAUUGUAGAUUGAAGCCUUGAAACCUUCCUCAAAGUAACUUCAUGGUGGCCAUGCAAUGUAAUGUUCCUCUUUCUCUAAACCCCUCCUCUUGGGAUGAAUUGGUGAACUGUUAAGGGCCAGUGCUGGCCUUGGAGCUUGCAAGCAAAUUAAUUUUCCAAUUUAGUCUCUUAAGGGUUCAAUAUGCUCUUGGAGUAAGGGGUAUUUUUAAAGGCUGAAGUUUGGGCUACUGGAGGAUAGAGCAGUUGAAGUUCGAACAGGAUGGAGAAGUCACUCUAAGUCUCUUCAUCUGGACAUGAGUUCUCUGGAGGCAUUCGCAGUAGCAACUCUGGAUCAACACAGAUUUUCUGGAUUCUGAAAUCUAGCAAGGAUCUGAGCUGGUUAACUCAGAGGGUGGAGCAUGAUGCUAACAAGACCGUUCAUCAUUUUGGACCCCUCACAAACACACUUUUCUUUAGCAGAGGUGACAUUCCUUAGGCUAAAUCUUUGGAUCCAGGGACAUAACAGAUUUGUUGAGAGAAAAUGUGGCAGUGCCUUCACCCAGGACAGUAGUCAGGAAGCCCCGAGCAUCACUGAUGGAUUUAUCCAUUCUCUUCUGAAGUGCUCUGCUCUAGGCUGGGUCCCAUUUUCACCUGCCUGUCCUCUGAUUGGCUUUUGCAGGAGGGCAGCUUACGUGUUUGUCAACCAGUUAGAAAGCCAGUUCCUGUGGGUUGAGUUUACGCCUUCUUGGCCAUGAUUGAGAAUUUUGACUUGGGAUACUGGGUUGCUGGUGACAAAUAAUGUCUUCCUCUUCCCCCUUCCCGCCUGGCUCGAUUAUGGGAAUAGCCGUCAGUGCAUCUAUGUCUGUGACCAAGACCCAGCCAGACUAACGUACACAGCAGAGAGAAAUAACAUUCAAAUGGGGGGUCACACAUCUCAUCUCAAGGUGCUUAGGGUUCACUGCUUUAUUCAAAAGUAUUUUCACUGUAGCUCCUUCAUAUGGAAUAUCAAAACUGAAGAAAUUCACACGUGGACAUGCAAAUAGACAUUGAUUAAUCAAGGUAGCAUCUUUAUGUAAAUAUAUAAAUAAGUUUGGGCAUUGAAAUGAAAACUGUCCAGCUAAUACACUUCUCCUCUGCAGUGUUGGUUGCUGUCAUUUCAGUAAUGUAGAUGUUUACAAAAGAAAAAAACAUCUGUGUUUCGAGGUUGAAGACUCAUCUUUUUUUCUCCUUUACACACAACCUCUCCUCUUGCCUCUCAAGGGUUGAGGGGUCCUUUCUAACUUAAGGCUAAUGGUUACUUUUCGUGGUAUCCUGAGGUUCAGGGUGUUUUAAGCUGGGGGUAGGUGGUUAGAGGCAGGAGCAAGAGUGAAAGGAAAGGUCUGAUUCUCCUAGAGGACACAGGAAGACCUUUCUCUGGAAUUAGGGAAUCUGCCAGGAGGAGCUGUUUUAGGCAUUUCUGCUCCAAGCCUUCUAUAUGCAAACACUCUGCGGGUUUAACUGCAAGCUCAGAAGUGCUGGUGUAAACACAGCAGGGUGAGAAUGAAGUUCCUGUAUUUUCCUUUGAAUGGUGAGUCAGGGCUUCUGGGUUCCCUUAACUUUGUGCUUGUCUCGGUAGCUUUCUGUCUCAGUCCACCCUCCCGCUCAUGCAGAGGGCCAGGGUAUGGGUGGCCACAAAGGAGAAUGUGCCAGUGAGGCAGUGAAAUAUUUUCUGAGAAACCAUCUGCUUUUGUUCAGAAGAAAGUGCUGAACAUCGUUCACAGACUUCUAGGUGUGUAAGCUCUUUAGGGGCGGGCAUUAUGAUUACCACUGGCCUCCUAGAGGAGGGUUGGAAACUUGUGGUGUGAUACCUUCUGCUACUAUCUCCUGCUGAGCCUCAGCCCUGGCCUGCCUGAGCAGGCCUAGUUCUCCUGUGAAGCUUUCAGCCUGAUCUCAUGCCACACUGUGAAAUGAAGCAUGUGCCAGUUUAGAAAUAAUUGCUGACCUGAGACGCUGGCUGGGCUGCCCUGUUGUUCCUAAGUCAGAAGAAAUUCCAGGUGGGAGGAGAAUUCGGGUUUGGGGCUUGUUGGUGUCCAUGUAAAAUAUGACAAAGGCCUGUUCAAGGGGGUGUUUUCAAUUCUGUGGGCUCAGCAGAUGAUACUACUCAGCCUUUGGGAAAAUGUCCAGUUGGCUCCUGGCUUAGGACUCUCCACAAGGAGUUCCAAACGGUAGGGCUUAUCCCCUACCAGAAUAAAAGUAUGGUCCAAAUUAUGUGUUUAGAAUUUGCUUGGGCUUUAAACAUGAAACAUUCCCUAUGCCUGGUAGAGACCAUUCAGUGUCCCACCUGGGACCUCUACAGUCCUCAGUAAAUUAUGAUUGCAAUGAAUGAGAAGGCUUUUGUCUUCCAUAUCCAUCAUCCAUUAUAGCAUCUGUGCCUCCAUCUGGUUAGGGGGAGGGAAGCUGAAAUCAUUGAUGUAUCAAUAGAAGUAAUUUAGCUUAGGAACUCGCAUCUAUAACUUACCUUGUUUUGUUCCACUUUAAAGUCAAGACAAGAAAGUUAGGCUAGCACACAGGUGCACAUGCUUCCAGAUGCCACAUGCGAACAUUUGUUGGUCAUGUAACUACCGAUGAGACUUUAGCUAGAAGAUAAAUUAAAUCUUAGCUAAAUCAUUGUUUUUCAUUCUGGUGGCUAUAAGGAUGAAUUUGCUCUCAGUCUUGAUACAUUGAAAGCCCUUCAAACACAAUAAAAGAUGAAAUCACUCACCUUUAAACUGAGGCCUUCAGGGACGCUUUUGUAAAGGGCAGUAGUGAAUUAGGCUUUCAGUUGUAGGACAUCAACCCUCUGAGAAGAGGCAGAGACCCGAGGGACCAUUUAUUUCCCUUUGAAACUGCACAGCCCGGGGAAUGGAUUGAGAUGCUUUCUCCAGUCCCUGUAUAGGUCAUCCUUGCAGAGGUAGAGGAGGAGUGGGCAGGUGGAUGAAUAAAACAGGAUAAUGCUCAGCUUGGCAGUGAACUUGCCUUAGUGUGAUGACAGUUCUAACAUGGGCAAGAAAAUCAGAUGGGGGACCAAUAUGCCAGGCAUAGGCUUUUGUCUCCCUAAUAGAUCCCAAGCUAGUAGGCUUGGAUUCUGCCAAAUGGCCAUCCCUCCUGUCUUCUCCCCUGUACCUUGUAGUUAUACCGAGGUGAGAAUCCUGCUGAUCCCAGUCCCGUCCCCUCUCAUUUCAGGAAAACCCUUUUCUGAUUCAGGUAGGGGGAGAGGAGGAGUUAAGGGCUCCGUUUACUCCCAAGUCAUGGAUUUUUAAUAUUCCAUUUUUAUUACUAAAAUACCUCUGUUCCUAGAAGCUACUGGAGUCUUGAGUGUUGUGGGAAAAGGCUAACUGUGAAUUAAGUUAAUGUUUUUCUUAUAAGAAAUGGAAGUUUAUUUUUUUAUUGAUAUUACUAUGUGAUGAACUGAGUAUGCAUAUACUGAAAUGGAAGGAAAUUUUAAAACUAUUAUGCUAGAAGAAAUGGGCAGUUUUGUAAUUUGGUGGUGGCUGAGACCCCAUAGAAGUUUUACUUUGUAAAUAAUUUGGAGAGUGAAUAAGGAGAUUGUGCUAUGAAAUCUUGACAUGCUCUUUAGGAGGUAGACUUGACAGUCCUAGGAAGGUUGACAUAAAAAUACCAACCUUAAGUAAAGCUCUAGUACAAAAAAGGGUAAAUGUCAUCAUUCUUAUUUUUAGGCCUCUUUCUUGAGAGAGGUGGGAGUGGGAGGUAGUGUUAUAAAUGGCACUUUAAUUCGUUUUUGGAACUAGAAUUUAGGGGCAGUCGGGUGAAACUGCAAAUUUUGAAGGGGAAUAAGAAUUUUCUAGUGCUCUAUAAAGAAAUGAUGGAGAAAAAAGCCUUGCUUUCAUCUUUUUAGAAUUUACUCUUGAUUUUUAGCAUACUGUGGGGCUUUUAGAGCUAAUAUGAUCUAAAUUCAGAAAAUUUAAUUUUCAUAGCAGGCCAGGUGUGAAUUACUUAUGUUUGCUGUAGAAUGCUUAUUUAGACUAAUAAUAAAUUUACUUUGCUGUCUAAGGCCAGUCAGAGAAUGUGGGGAUGAGGCAGGAUGUUUUCAAUUAGCCAGAGAUGAUCCACAAAGUGAACAGUCGACGCGGAGGUCAUUGAAUUGGAUGGUUGCAAAUAUAUUGACAUUAGAGUGAAAACUCCUUCCUUUGGGUAAACUAAAGAAAGAUACAGUAUAUUGAAAAAUUUUAAGAUGGUGUUAUACAAAAAAAUUUGGGUCUAACGUGUCCAUGAAGGCUGUCAAGUGAAGAAUGGUGGAGAUUCUUGGCGUUUGAGCAGCCAACCUGGAUGAGUGACUUCAGGGACAGAGAGCAGAGGAAAGCAAAAGGAAUUUCCUUUAUUUACCCAAAGCUUGUUGACAGAAUUUUUGUAUAGGUCUGGGAAAGUAAGCCUAAACAAAUAGUUGUAGCCUUAGAAAAACUGUUUUCUCAUUUCUUUGAGUUAGAAUCAGCAUAGCCUCCCUGUCGCCUUAAAUGUAAAAAUCCUAUUUUGAUUAAUACCCCAGCCUAAGAGUUAUAGCAAUACAAGAGACUGAAUCUAUUUUUGUUUUGGGUCUUUACCUCAUAUUAUGAAAUUAGUAAGACGCUUCAUAAAUUUUGCCCUGAAUACUGGUGUGCCCAGGUAUGCUGUGCUCUCUGUUUCCAGUGGUGGUAAUUUUAAGGCCUAAAGAAACCUGGGGUUAAUCCUAAGAGUAAGUGUUUCUUGCAAUGAUUUUGUUCUGUGGUACAAAUAACAUCUAUGAAUAUCAUAUCUGUAUAUAUAUGAACCAAGUUGUGUGCAGAGAGGUUGAUAUAACUAUAUUUACAGAAAAUGAUUUUUACAAUUAAAGUUCACAUUUUAACAUGAA